AUGAUUAGAGAGGCUCUCUCCUCUCUCUUCUUGGUUUGUUCUUUCUUCGGCAAAUGGCUUUCCAAAGUCGUCGCCGCCGUCUUCACGGUGUGCAUGCGAAACCAGCGCAACGAAAGCUGGUUUUCAAGACCGAUUUCCAUUGCUAGAAGUGAUUCACAGGGGCAAGGAAUAAAGGACACACCUAUCGCCAUCAAGGAGGUUAAUCGUCCACAAAGGACUGAUCGGGAUGGUGGCUGGCGUGGAGGUGGGACGCGCUGCUGCAACAAGCGUUCGGUACAGAGGGCUUUUCCCUCACCGGAGAAUCCUACCGCUCGUCCAUUUAAGAGAAGGAAACAGGGACCCAAGGCGAUUUGGAGAUUUUAG